AGCAUAUCUACUGUACUAAUGUGGGUUUAUUUAUAUUGUCUGUAUCCAAUUCAAAUAUUUUGACUUUAGCCUUAAGCACUGUCAUGUUUGAUAAAUUGGAAGAAAAACCUGUCUGAACACUUCAGCAAAAAGUUGAUGCUAAUUUGGUAACAAGAACAUCACAGUUCUAGAAUAUCUCCCUUGAAGUAUUUGUAAGAAUAGGAAGCUGCAGGUAGGCUAUACUGUCAGUUCAUAUGGGUUCUGUUUGGGGUUUUUUUUUCUUUAGCUAAAAAGUCAGGGGAAUAUGUUGUACUCUCCAGUCUCUUUUUCCUUUAGUCCUCUGGAGAGAGAGAUUUGAUUACAUGUUCUAUUAAAAUAGUACGAAUAAGUAUCAGUUGAUAUGGAAAUUACAAAUGUGGAGUUAAUGAUCUAAAAAGGCACCUUGUAGUUGCAUUAAAAGGGGAAAAAAUAAUUCUGAAAGCAUAUGUGUUACCUGGUCUUUAAGUAAACAUUGACAGAAGUCUCAUCCCUUGGGUCAUACAGAUCUGUUAUUUUACUGCCUCUAGGAGAAAAACGUUUGUUACUUUGUCAGAGUGUGUGUCAGUAAUAGCAGACUAAGCAAACCUGGGCAGCUUGCUCUGCUAUUGCACUGCACGAUCAGAAGUUUGGGCCAGAUUUGAACAAUCAUAUGGAAUUUUAGGAAACUUCCUGAGAUUUUGAGCUUUGUCUUUAAACUGCUCAGCAAGUUACCCAAUUUGUCUUAACCACCUUUUUAAUCAAAAAUCCCAGCUAAAGAAGGGACAGAGGAAGGCCAAGCAUGGUGCCUUGUUGGGGAAGAGAGUCCCAAGGCUGUCUCGCCUCACCUGAGAGGUCCUGGCCCUUCUGCAGUUGUGUUGCCUGUGGACCUGUGCCGCCUUUGAGAAUGGGUCAGGUGUCAGAGUCAUGUUUUCUCCAUGUUUCUGUGUAGUAGGUGUUGGGGAAAAAAAAAUUUGUCAUCCUCUAAAGAGCUUCGUUGAGAAAGUACUUUGUCCUUCUACAUGCUUUGGGAGAAUUAGGAAGUCAAAUUUUUUGCGAUUUGUGUCUUCACUUUUAAGUAUAUAAAAAAUAAGAGUGGUAAGACUGUAAUAGAGUACUGUUUUGUUAGUCUCCUAGUAGCUUAGAAAGAUAAUGGAAAUAGAGUUCUAUUUAUUUUUUACUUAGCUUCACCAGCAGCCUCCAUUUUUUAGGUCAUUAUCCUUAUCUUCAUUGCAUGUCUCUGCUGCUUGUGAUUUCCCCAAGCAACAGAACAAAAUGAGUGUGUGGUUUUUGGGGGGGUUCUCUGACAAUUUCGUCAUUUCACAAAGUAUUGCAACAGUGACAGUGGCUAAUCAACGUCACUUUUUUGCCUUGUUAGAGCUGUAGAUACGCAAAGGCAUCCAAGGUGAUUGUAGGCUUAGGAAAACAGCGUUGCCCUUGUUCGUCGUCUUCAUGUAACAAGGUAGGAUUCUUUACAACCACAGAGGGCAUCCUUUUUUUAAUUAAAAAAAAAAUUAAGUUUUCUAUUAAAAAAUAUCCAGAGGAGGGCCACAAAGAUGAUCAGAGGGCUGGAGCACCUCUCCUGUGAAGACAGGCUGAGAGAGUUGGGGUUGUUCAGCCUGGAGAAGUCAAGGCUCUGGGGAGACGUUAUAGCAGCCUUCCAGUACCUGAAGGGGGCCUACAGGAAAGCUGGAGAGGGACUGUUUACAAGGGCAAGUAGCAAUAGGACAAGGGGUAAUGGCUUUAAGCUGAAGGAAGGCAAAUUUAGAUUAAAUAUUAGAAAGAAAUUCUUUACUGUGAGGGUGGUGAGGCACUGGAACAGGUUGCCCAGAGAGGUUGUGGAGGCCCCAUCCCUGGAAGUGUUCAAGACCAGGUUGGAUGGGGCUUUGGGCAACCUGGUCUAGUGGAGGGUGUCCCUGCCUGGGGCAGGGAGGGUGGAACUAAAGGAUCUUUGAGGUCCUUUCCAACCUAAACCAUUCUAUGAUAACCCUCUCCCCAGCUUUCUAGAGAAAAGCUUUCUGGCUAUCACUGGUGAAUAACUGACUGGAUUCUACAAAAGUUGACAUCUUUUCUCUGCUUCUCUGUAGCUCUCCUCAGCUCUUUGGAGAGCUGUCAGCUUGAGAUCUGGGCAGCUUGGAACAUAACUGUGAAUUAGUUUCAGGACCCCAGCUGAAUGCACAACUAGAAGGUUGGCUUUCUCAAGUACAGUCCACAAAGAGACCUGCUAGAGCCAUUAUUGCACCCCAUGCAGGAUACACUUAUUGUGGAUCUUGUGCAGCCCAUGCUUACAAACAAGUGGAUCCUAAUAUUACUGCAGGAUUAUGGGCUGAAUGCUACCAGGAUUCUCUUCUGCUGUGGAGAAAGUGACCCAGUCCGAAAAAUUUUCAUUCUUGGGCCUUCCCAUCACGUGCCCCUUUCCCGAUGUGCACUUUCCAGUGUGGACAUUUAUAGAACACCUCUGUAUGAUCUCCGAAUUGACCAAAAGAUUUAUGGAGAAUUGUGGAAGACUGGAAUGUUUGAGCGUAUGUCCCUACAGACAGAUGAAGAUGAACACAGUAUUGAAAUGCAUUUGCCUUAUACUGCUAAAGCCAUGGAAAGCCAUAAGGAUGAGUUUACUAUUAUUCCUGUGUUGGUCGGAGCACUGAGUGAGUCAAAAGAGCAGGAAUUUGGAAAACUCUUCAGUAAAUACCUAGCUGAUCCUAGUAACCUCUUUGUGGUUUCUUCUGACUUUUGCCAUUGGGGUCAGAGGUUCCGUUACAGUUACUAUGAUGAAUCCCAAGGAGAAAUUUAUAGAUCCAUUGAGCACCUAGAUAAAAUGGGUAUGAGCAUUAUAGAGCAGCUAGAUCCUGUAUCUUUUAGCAAUUACUUGAAGAAAUACCAUAAUACAAUAUGUGGAAGACAUCCUAUUGGCGUAUUAUUAAAUGCUAUCAACGAGCUCCAGAAGAAUGGAAUGAAUAUGAGCUUUUCAUUUUUGAAUUAUGCUCAGUCAAGCCAGUGUCGAAACUGGCAAGACAGCUCAGUGAGUUACGCAGCUGGAGCACUUAUGGUCCACUGAACCACUGAAUGCUCAGGGAUGGCACCUGCACACACUCUGUAUACGGGGUCCCAGCCUAGCCCUUACAAAGAUACAGUCCCUGGUCUUUGGGUAUACUGAAACCUCAAACUAAUAGAACUCUCUUCUUUUCUAGUAGGUGUAGUCCUUCCUUAGUUUCAACUCAUUUAAAAAUGCUUUCUUGUUUAGGACAACGGAAGGAAGGCUGGUGUUGAAACAUUUUGUGAUUUUUUUUUUCUCUUUUUUUUGGAAAAGAUAAUGGCUAUGAAGGCACGGUGGCAGACAGUCCUUACAAAUACAACAUGUAAAGCAUUUACCAUAUCCUAAAUUUGCACUCUUUGCAGACCUGUGCACAUGUACUCAGCUUUCAGAAUAGUUUUGCAAGUUGUAAACGGAAAAAGGGGUGGAAGCUUUUUAAUAAAAGAAAAAAAAGGAAAAUGAUGCAUUUAUAAAUGAUCCUGUAUUAGAAUAUAAUAAAACUCCAGUAUAGUCAGUUACUACCCGUGAUGUACAACAGAUAUCUUCUAUUUUAGUUGCUAAUAAAGGGCUACACAAACCAAAA